UUUGUGUAUUGCUCUAUGACCUUGAGUAGAAUAGUUCCACGGUUAGGAAGGUUCAUUCGUUAAUUCUUACUACGGAGCAAUAGGUCGUACAUUUCGUUGUUUUACUGAGAUAUUCAGUUCUUACUAUCUUCAUGCGAAUUUUUAAAGUAUCAAAAUGGUAGGAUCAAAGUUGUUCCUUAUUUUUCUUUUAGUGAUAGAAUAUUGUGGAUGUGCCAACAUACUUUAUGUGAUUCCUUUUACGUCUAAAUCGCACUAUAUAAUGCUCAGGCCUAUUGGCUUAGAACUGGCUCGAAGAGGACAUAAUGUUACUGUUAUUACUGCGUUUCGAGAGGCUGAUCAUCCACCAAAUUAUCAUGAAGUUAUUGUUGAUGAUAAGGAGAUCUGGGAUGUAACUGGUGGUAAAAGACCAAACGUUUUUACAAUGGUAGAAAUAUCAGCUGAGGAUUUUCACGACAAAAUCCUUUGGGGCGGCGGUUACGGUUUUACAGAGGUCGCACUCAACUCGACUGAAGUCAAAAAGUUCUUGGCUCGCGACCACAAAUUUGAUUUGGUCAUUUGCGAACAGUUCUUUCAAGAAGCGCUUUAUAUUUUAGCUCAUAAAUAUCAAGCACCUCUGGCUUUAGUGACAACAUUUGGAAACUGUAUGCGUCAUAACAUCGUAAUAAGGAACCCUCUUCAAUUAGCCACAGUUACCGCCGAAUUCUUGGAUUUGAAAGAACCGGAAAGUUUUGUCGGAAGAGUCAGGAAUUGGUACUUCACAGUUUACGAGUACUUGUGGUGGAAGUACUGGUUUCUGCCUAAAAAUGAAGAGUUGGUUAAGAAGUACGUGCCGAACCUAAAGGAGCCUGUACCCAGUUUGUUUGAGAUGCAGAGGAAUGCGUCUUUGAUUUUGAUCAACAGCCAUUUCAGUUUUGAUCCACCAACGGCGUACCUUCCUAAUGUUGUAGAGGUUGGUGGAUUGCAUCUAUCAAGGAGUGACGGGCAUCUUCCUAUGGAUCUCCAAAAAAUUCUGGAUGACUCGAAGCAUGGAGUGGUAUACGUAAACUUCGGUUCUAACGUGCGAAGUUCGGAGUUGCCACUGGAGAAAAAGAAUGCAUUUUUGAACGUAUUCAAGCAGUUGAAGCAGACAGUUCUUUGGAAAUGGGAAGAUGAAAACUUCGAGAACAAACCUGACAAUCUGGUUAUAAGAAAAUGGAUGCCACAGAAGGAAAUUUUGGCGCACCCCAACAUCAAAGUGUUCCUAUCCCACGGUGGACUGAUUGGAACGCAAGAGGCUAUUUUCAACGGAGUUCCGAUCAUCGGUAUUCCAAUAUACGCCGAUCAAUACAACAACUUGCUCCAAGCCCAAGAUAUAGGUUUUGGCAAGAUUUUGCCUUACCACGACAUUAAUGAGAGUACACUUCGGCACCUAGUUAAUGACGUCAUAAAUAAUGAUUAUUAUAGAAACAAGGCGAAAGAAGUUUCGAGAAGGUUCAAAGAUAGACCGCUGAGUGCUCUUGAUACUGCUAUGUUUUGGAUUGAAUAUGUAAUACGGAAUAGAGGAGCAGAAUUUAUGAAGAAUCCUGCAAGAGAUUUAAACUGGUUCGCUUAUACUAUGUUUGAUGUCUAUGCGUUCGUGUUUGUGUGUGCUGCUGUUGUCAUUUAUAUCGUAAUUAAGUUAAUCAGUGCAUUGCUACAAUUUUUAGGGUCUAAUGAAGAUUUAGGGAAGAAGAAGAAAAAUUGAUAAACCAAUGUUGUUAUAAAAUUAAGAUUACAAUUUAGAUAGAUAGACAAUUUAGAUAGUUGAACUGGCAAUUUCUUUCAAGUGUCUAAUAAAAAAAUUAAAGCUAAGCUUUUUAAGUACCUGAGUUUAAUAAUAAAAUAUCUGCAAAUUAA